AUGGUACUUUACAUUUUAACGAAUCAGUUAACGAAAACUAAAUUGGCUGCCGUAAUUGGCUGUUUAGUAAAUAUACCACGGAAAAAUAGAGAAUUUAGAGUAAUAAACUUAAAUGAAAGCCUAAAUGAUGAAGAAUUGAGAAGAAGGUUCAGGUUUGGAAGAAUAGGAAUAGUGUAUUUGGCCGAUUUGCUGAGAGAGGACCUAGCUAGGGAAACAGACAGAAGUUGUAGCCUGUCAGUCGAGGAACAAGUCUGUAUAGCGCUGAGGUACUACGCUUCAGGUUCAUUUAUGCAGGUUGUUGGGGACACACAUGGGAGACAUAAAAGUACUGUUUGUAGAGUUGUGGAUAAGGUUACCAAAGAGAUAGUGAAGCGUUAUAAGCAGUACAUUAAGUGGCCAGUUGAUGAAGCUACCAUGAGACGAGUGAAGUCUGAGUUUAGCAACAUAGCUGGAUUUCCAGGUGUUAUAGGGUGUGUUGAUGGUAGCCUCGUCCGUUUGAUCAAGCCUUCACCAGACCAAGAGAGAGGUUUUAUCAACAGAAAAGGAUUCCCGUCCAUAAAUGUGAUGGCAUUAAGAAAGACACCAGCCAAGGCAUCAGAAGUGAUUGUGGCGUGUGCUGUUCUCCACAAUAUAGCCAUCAUGGUGCAAGAACCAGAUGUGCCUGAUGAUGAAAAUGACGAUGGGGCAGACGCACAAAUACCAUAUACAGGCAGGGAGACUGGCUUCUUGAUCAGGGAUCACCUUGCUCAAGUUUACUUUUAA